GAGUAGCAUAUCUCGGCAGAACACCGGGUGGGAUGCGCGCGGUUCCGCAGCGGCUGGAUGUUUGGCUCGGUUCUGGAAAAGAAAGAGGAUUAAUUAUUCAGAUAAUUAUUGAUCAGAUGAGCCGAUCAGUUAGGAGAUCGAUCAGUUGAUUAUCGAUUUUCUCUCCUCAGAAACAUAGUGGUUGGUUAACGUGGUGUACUUCAAGCGGGAUGAAGAUAAAAUGUGAUUCUUCUCCUGAAAAGCUGCAGAACAGAGAGCCGUGUACUGAAAGUCACUGAAGGUGAUGGUAAAUGUCUGCUGGAGCUGCAGCCUGGGUCUUCUCUAUGUCCCACAGUUCCUGAUAAAGAGCUGUUAGAGCAGAUGAGCCCAUGAAGGCCUUGUUUCAGCGCAGGCUUCAAAAACUGAGGCUCUGACAGCAGAAGGACGGACAGACGGAUAUUUGUCAGUGAGGAGCUCCUGGGCGAGCUCUUCGGCACCAUGUUUCUGUUUGAUAACCUGCUGUGCAUGCUCCUGGGCAUCUCCUUUACUGUGUGGUUCACUCUUUUACUGGUCUUCAUCAUCGUCCCGGCCGUGUUCGGAGUGUCGUUCGGAAUACGCAGACUCUACAUGAACACUCUGCUGAAGAUAUUCGAGUGGGCUACACUGAGGAUGGAGAGAGGAGCUAAAGAGAAGAACCAGCAGCUCUAUAAACCCUACAGCAACGGUAUCAUAGCGAAGGAGCUGGCAUCUCUGGAACAGGAGAUGCAGGAAAUGCGGCGGAGUGGCAGCGGCAGUGCUCUGGGCGGGGCCGAGUUUGAGAUGUCAGAUAUCUUCCACUUCUGCCGGCGUGGGGUGGAGAGCAUCGUGGACGACGAGGUGACCAAGCGCUUCACCGCCGAGGAGCUGGAGUCCUGGAACCUUCUGACCCGCAGCAACUACAACUUCAACCACAUCAGCACCCGCCUCACCGUGCUGUGGGGGCUGGGGGUCCUCAUCCGAUACGGCAUCCUGCUGCCUCUAAGGGUCACUCUGGCAUUCACGGGCGUUGGACUGCUCGUAUUUCUCACUUCUCUUAUUGGCUUGUUACCAAAUGGAGGGAUGAAGAGUUUUCUGAGUGAGAAAGCUCAUCUGAUGUGCUACAGGAUCUGCGUUCGCGCUCUCACCGCCAUCAUCACCUACCACGACAGUGAAAACAAACCCAAGAAUGGAGGAAUCUGUGUGGCCAAUCACACGUCUCCCAUUGAUGUCAUCAUCUUAUCCAGUGAUGGCUGCUAUGCAAUGGUUGGGCAGGUGCACGGUGGUCUGAUGGGGGUGAUUCAGAGAGCGAUGGUGAAAGCCUGUCCACACAUCUGGUUUGAGCGUUCAGAAGUCAAAGACCGACACCUGGUGGCCAAACGACUGAGUGAUCAUGUUGCAGACAAGACGAAGCUGCCCAUCCUGAUCUUCCCGGAGGGAACCUGCAUCAACAACACCUCCGUCAUGAUGUUCAAGAAGGGCAGCUUCGAGAUUGGCUGCACUGUUUACCCCGUCGCUAUUAAGUAUGACCCACGGUUUGGAGAUGCGUUCUGGAACAGCAGUAAGUUCGGCAUGGUGAACUACCUCCUCCACAUGAUGAGCAGCUGGGCCAUCGUCUGCAGCGUGUGGUACCUCCCACCCAUGAGCCGAGAGGAGGGUGAGGAUGCUGUUCAGUUUGCUAACAGAGUGAAAGCUGCCAUAGCAAGGAAAGGAGGCUUAGCUGAUCUGCUAUGGGACGGCGGGUUGAAGCGGGACAAGGUGAAAGAGGUGUUUAAGGAGGAGCAGCAGAAGCUCUACAGUAAGGUUCUGGUUGGGGGUGCAGAGGACCGGAGCCGAUCCUGAGGACCCGAGAGAGCGCCCCCUGCUGGUCCGGAGAACUGACCGCAUCCACCGCACCGAGCCUGGAGCGCAGAGCUAACGGCACUGCAGCCCAAUGCAACUGCGCCUUGACCGGAGCCCCGAGCAACGCCUCGAGGAGAACCAUAAUCAGACUGAACUGAAGUGAACAAAAUUGAACAGAACCGGACCCGAGAACCCACUGCUGCCUGAGUCCGGUUCCUCCACCUGCCACUCCAUACGCCCCCUGCUGGAGACAGUUCUUUGCGCACUUUUGCACGAUAUAAACUAAACAAAUGAGUGAAACAAACUGUGGCAUUCUAAACUAUUCUUUCAGACUUUGUUUGUGAGUGAGGGACCGUGUGAGUGAUGUUACACUGGAUCAAUUCAUUUUUCAUUUUUGGUUUUCCAUUUAUUUAUUUUCUUGCAAAGUCUAUUACGGUAGUUCUGUGUUUUUCCAAGUCCGUUGCUGUAAUGCAUGUUCUUCCUGCAGGUGGCGACGCAGAACAGGGCAGUUAGUUGUACAGAAGGCGGGGUGGAGCUUGUUUUAACAGCAUUAAUCGAUAAAGCCCCCCCUGUGAGAGUGUAUAUGUAGCUGCUGUAGCGCAGAAUCAUGCGUCUGCUUCUCUAUGGAGAGCUGAGUGUUUUUUUUUUUUUUUUAAUAAAACACCAAUUUUUUUCAUGCA